CCAUCUGGCAACACUGGCCGGGAAACACUUUAGUUUUCCCAACUUCGGCUCGCAACUGCCGCAGCCGCCGCCGCCCACCUUCCACCGCCCACCGUCCGCCGGGAGCCGCACCACCGAGCAAAACCGCAACCCGUGGAGAUGGCCCUGCCCUCGAUCUCGACGCUGCUGGGCGUGGCCUUCCUGGCGUACAUCGGCCACUCCAUCUACCAGAUGUCGCAGCUCUUCACCACGCUGCAGUGCAGCGGCGUGCCCUGCUACACGUCCUUCCUGGCGGACCGGCCACGCCUCCAGCUGGCGCUGUUCUCCUCGCUCAGCCGCAAUCCCAUCGCCUCCGAGGUGCGGGAUCUGUACAAGGCCAAGAGGUUCGAUUAUGAUCAGAGCUUCGAGCACGACUUUGAGCUGGAUGUGCCGCUAAAGACGCGGCGCAAUGGCUCCUUGUACUUCCAUGUGGUGGUGGCCCUGGAGGGUGAGCCCCUGGAAUGGCGCAGCCUGCGCCGAGAUGGACCCACCGUGGUCCACACCAUGAGUCUCACAGAUUACAUGGUACCAAGGGCGGAGGCCUUCAAUCUGCUGGGGGAAUCCGAUAAGGGAGCCGGCGCUGCUGUCCAGGAGAAGAAGUCCGGAAAGAAGUCCGCCUCCUCCGGACGUCCCAGCACCCAUAUCCGGUCGAACGUAUACGUGACCCUGCUCACCGAUCUCUUUUCCGUCUCGCAAGCUGAUGUGCCACCGGAAUUGGCGCCUCUGAUUCGCGUCAACCGCGUGCAACAGAUCCUGCCCAUUCUGCAGACUGAUACGUUCAACACGCGACUGAAGGACCUGGUGCCCGUCACCCGGAAUACCACCGAGUUCACCUUCAGCUUCCACUACAAGCCGGUGGGCGUGGGCAAGCUCCGGCUGAUGCUGCUCAUGGAGCACGCCACCCAGGCCCUGCUCACCAUCGGAUUCGCCACCAAGGACAUCGACGAGGUGAAGGGCAUCUUCUCGGACACCAAUGUGUACCUGCUGUGCGGCACCAUCUUCGUGUCCAGCAUCCACAUGCUCUUCGACUUUCUGAGCUUCAAGAACGACGUGGCCUUCUGGCGCAAGAAGCAGUCGUACGAGGGCCUCUCCAGCCGCACCACCAUGUGGCGGGCGUUCUCGCAGAUCGUGAUCUUCCUGUAUCUGCUGGACGAGAACACCUCGUAUCUGGUCCUCGUGCCCGUCGGCCUGGGCACCCUCAUCGAGCUGUGGAAGUGCAAGAAGAUCUUGCGCCUGGAGCUAAGCUUUAGCGGCCUUAUUCGCCGCAAGCUGGAGCAGGUGGACCAGCGGAACGGCAAGCAGCCGGACGGGCAGUUGGCGCAGGAGCAGGAGACCGAUCAGUUCGAUCGGCAGGGCAUGCGGUACCUGAGCUACCUGCUGUAUCCGCUCUGCCUGGGCGGAGCAGUGUAUUCGCUGCUCUACCAGCCACACCGCUCCUGGUACUCCUGGACGCUCAACUCGCUGGUCAAUGGGGUCUACGCCUUCGGGUUUCUGUUUAUGUUGCCGCAACUGUUCGUCAACUACAAGCUGAAGUCUGUGGCCGCACUGCCGUGGCGCGCAUUCAUGUACAAGGCAUUCAACACCUUCAUCGACGACUUCUUCGCCUUCAUCAUCACCAUGCCCACGGCCCAUCGGGUGGCCUGUCUGCGCGACGACAUUGUGUUCAUCAUCUAUCUGUACCAGCGCUGGCUCUAUCCGGUGGACAAGAGUCGCCUGGACACGGGUCUGGCCGCUGGCGAAGCCCUGGACACUGCCAACGCCCCAUCGACCGCCACGGCGGCCAGUCGCAAGAAGCGCAAUUGAUCCUGUGUCACCAAGAGAAGCAAAGAUUGCACAUUCCGUCUGUAGCUUCCGGUCUGGCCUAAGCUGUAGUCCAUUCGCGUUUUAAUGUAACCCGUAUCCGUCUUUAGUUCCGUAGUGAUAUAAACACCGUGUUGUAGACCGGCUACUUAAAACUUGUGUUUAAAUGGUUAAUUAACGCUAAAUACAAAUCGAAAGUAGUCAUUGUCCCUUAGCAGGCAGUGAUCCCAACCGAAAA